CUCAUCCACUCUUCAGAACACGAGAGUUCCAGGAACCAGCAUUCACGGCUUCACAGUACACAAGACUACUCGGCACAGUCCGGUUCUGCGAAAUAAUUAGAAACUUCGUCUUGCCUCGAACGAUGUGAUUGCGCAAUCCCGAGUCGAGUCGACCACAGUCUAUACCUUGAACCAAAAUGGCCUCCUACUCUGCGAUUGCAGCCCCAAGUGGCUAUACUUCCGAUGCUUCAAGAGGGAGACGGCGACGCUCCAGUAGAGCUAUGAAAGACCAGAACUUUGGAGGACAAGCCUCUUGGCUCAGCAGUAAUAUUAACCUUGUUAACACAAUCAUCGGUGCUGGAACUUUGGCAAUGCCUCUUGCGAUGUCUCAUAUGGGUAUUGUGCUUGGAGUUGUGGUGAUACUGUGGUCUGGUCUUACCGCCGCCUUUGGUCUAUACCUACAAACGCGAUGCGCCCGUUAUCUGGAAAGAGGAACCUCUUCGUUCUUUGCAUUGUCACAAAUCACAUAUCCGAAUGCAGCGGUUAUUUUCGAUGCUGCGAUCGCUAUAAAAUGUUUUGGUGUUGGGGUGAGCUACUUGAUAAUUAUUGGGGACCUCAUGCCAGGUGUUGUCAGGGGCUUUAACGAGAGCGCCGAUUCUAUUCCAUUUCUUGUGGACAGGCAUUUCUGGGUCACUGUGUUCAUGCUUGUCGUCAUACCGCUGUCUUUUCUUCGACGCCUCGAUUCGCUCAAAUAUACCAGCGUUGUAGCUUUGAUAUCGAUUGGAUACCUAGUCAUCUUGGUUGUGUAUCAUUUUGCAAAGGGUGAUACGAAGGCAGACCGAGGUAUCAUCAGGGUUAUUCGAUGGGGUGGCCUCGUGCAAGUACUGCAAAGCUUUCCCGUCAUUGUUUUUGCAUAUACGUGCCACCAGAACAUGUUCUCGAUCUUGAAUGAAAUCAAAGACAACUCUCCGAGACGUACCACUAGUGUCAUCGCUGCAAGCAUAGGUUCUGCUGCGUCAAUAUACAUACUUGUCGCCAUCACUGGCUAUCUUUCGUUUGGCAACAGUGUCGCUGGAAAUAUUGUUGGGAUGUAUGUCCCCUCAAUUGCUUCUACCAUUGGCAAGGCAGCCAUCGUCAUCUUGGUCAUGUUCUCAUAUCCGCUUCAAGUGCAUCCAUGCCGAGCUUCGGUUGAUGCCGUAUUGAAAUGGAGGCCAUACGGCUUAAAGAGCUCACGUAACUCACCUAAUAGCUCACCAGCGAGAACAGUGCCCUUGCUCACAGGCGCUUCAGCUCAACCUAUUGCCAGAAAUGACACCAUCGGCGAACUUAGAUUUGCCAUAAUUACAACCGUGAUUAUUAUCCUAAGUUACACCGCUGCCAUGACAGUAUCCUCGCUUGACAAAGUUCUGGCCUACGUCGGCAGCACUGGCAGCACGAGCAUCAGCUUCAUCCUUCCCGGCUUGUUCUAUUACAAGAUUUCCUCGCCAGACUCUAUCCAUCACCAGCGACUCUCAAAAGACGAGGAUGAAGCUGACAGUGGCGAAGAGGACGAAGAAGGAUUGCUUGGUCAGGGUAACUCGAGAACAAUGCCUUGGCGGAAGACAAUAUUACGAAAGCUUUCUCUCGCUUUGGCAAUAUACGGGCUUUUCGUCAUGGUCCUAUGCUUAGGAACGAACAUGUUCUUCUCUGGUGGAGGUGGACACUGAAUUUCUGUGGAAUAUCUCAUGUUGCGGGCAUUGCUGGAGUCUUGAUUGGUCACGGCGUCCAGCGAGCAUUUUUACUAAACAUAAGGAUCCAGUCUUGGUAGGCUGGAGUAGAACAGUUACAAACAGGGUUAGAGGUGAUAUAUAGAAUGUCAUCCUUGUCACAUAAUUCCAACGUGCUAUCAUAGGUAGAAAAGUUGUAAGAAUCUUCUCAUG